AGUUUGACUUUGAUGUUUCUGUCAGUUAGUCAGUUGGCAUUUUUUGUUUAAAUAUUUGCCUAAAAUGGAAGAAAUUCCACAAAAUAUAAGAGAAAAGGCCAUAAAAGCGACCGAAAAUCUUUUGCCAGUUAAAUCAAGGCAACAGUAUGAUUGGGAGUAUGGCAUAUUUGAUAUUUGGAAAGAUGCCAACGCAAUUGUUCAAAUAACCGAAACCGUUCUAAUGGCAUAUUUUCAGGAACUGUCGGAAAAAUACUGUCCGAACUCUCUCUGGACAAGUAUUCUACCCUAACGUCUACGUUAAUGGUCUAUAAAAAUAUAGACAUCUCGCAAUACCAUCGUCUCAUAUCUUUUUUAAAAGUUAAGUCGAAAGGAUAUGUCCCGAAGAAGUCUAAAGUUUUGGAAGGAGAACCAAUAAUAAAAUUUAUUAAGAAGGCUCCUGAUGAUAUAUACUUGGUACACAAAGUCAUAUUGGUAAUGGGUGUUUUUGGAGGUUUACGACGAGAUGAGUUGGUCAAAAUGACCAACUCCAUAGAUGAUAUUGAAGAUAGAGGAACGGCCUUGGUUGUAAAGGUACCAGAAACUAAAACUUCAACUUCAAAAAGUUUUACUAUUAUUGAAGAAGAUUUAGGCGCUUUAAAUUUAAUAAGAAAGUACGCAGCAUUAAGAGCAGCGGGAAUAAAGGAGCGAAGAUUCUUUCUUACCUAUAGAAAGAGUCGCUGUACAGUACAACCUGUUGGAAAAAAUACCAUAGGAAGCGUCCCAACCUUGGUCGCAAAAUUUUUAAAACUGGAUAAUGCAGAAGCUUAUACCGGCCACUGUUUGCGUCGCACAUCGUAAACUUUACUUGUUGAGGCAGGUGCUUCGUUUGAAAUGCUAAAACAACAUGGGAAAUGGAAAAGCUCUUCAGUAGCUGAAGGAUAUAUAGAAAAAAAACAUUCAUCCAAAAAUAAAGUAGCCAAAAUGAUUGCCAAUUCAGUUAAUUCCGAGGUUAAUUCCGUAUCAACUAUUGAAAAUUCUUUAAUGGACAAUUUACAAACUAUACAAAAUAGUGCUGCCACCUCUACCAUCACAAAAAACACCGACCAUUCUAUAGUGGGAUCAGCUACAUUUUCCGGGACAUUUCAAAAUUGUAAUUUUUAUUUUGGAAAUAAAGUUUAAUUUUUAGUAUUUA